AUGGAAAAACGGAAUAAAGUUGUUCCUCAAGAUAAGGGUGAGCUUGAGAAUACUAUUGAAGAGUUAUUGGAAAAAGAAGAAAUCAAUGAAGGAAUCAGAAAAGCUCCAGAUACAGAUCUCCCCAAAGAGGAGAAUAAGGAGGAUUGGGAAGAAGAGAAGGCGAGUCAAGAUCCACAAAAUAAUGCGGAUCCAAAGUAUAAUAUUGAAGAGAGUUCUGAAGAAGAACCAGUGAGGGAAGAUGAAUCUCAAAACCAUACAAAAUACCUAAAUGAUGAAGAUAGAUUUGACCUUAAAAAGAGAAAGAGCACAGAAAAAAUAAGGAAAUUAUAAAUCAAGCGGAGAAAGAAGGUGAUGAAUGGAAAGAAAAUCAUAAUCUCAAGAAACGAUUUUCUGAAAUGACUGAAGAAGAAAUAGAAGAACUCAAAGAGCAGCAUCUGAAGAAAUGUAAAGAAGCAAGAGAAGAGGGAGCACAAAUAAAGGAAAAGGAAAGAGCUAAACUUAAAAACAAGCCUAUUAUGAUAGGAGAUCAAAUUAUCUUCAAGACUUAUUGCAAGAAACUCGGAAAAUAUAAAUACUUGACGUUGAAUGGUUUUCAUUUGGAUUGGAGAGAAGAGAUUUGAGAUAAAUCAAUUUUGACAAUCGAAUCUUUGCUUGUUGACAAAUCUAAGACAUUUACUUAUCAAGGAGGUCUCCCAAGUCAAUUUCCUCCUAACUCUGAAUGGGAAAAUAAAGAUGUACAAGACAUGUAUGAAGAUGUGUUAGAAAACGUGGCCAUCAACUGCUCUUUUAUUAAGAAGGCUACUCGAAGACCUCUUAAUAAAAACCAGAAAUUUUGUCUAGCAACUGAAGCUCCGAUGAUUCUAAUGUUUAGCACCAAACUUAAGAAUGUAGAAUUUUCAACUAAUGAAUGGGAGAUUACUAGAAUAAAAGAAUCAGAUGUAAAAGCUGGUGUAUAUCCUAACACUAGUUAUUACCUCUCAACUCUUUAUCAUAACAAAUUCAUUAGUUUAGGCAAAUAUGAUCAUUCAUUAACUCACGAAGAGGAAGAUAAAGCAAUAAUAGAACUUGAAACAAUCAAUAAAAACAAUCAAGAAAAUGAAGAUGAAGCCCACAAACAAAUUAAUCAAUAUAAAUCAUUUUGCAUCUUUGACGAAGAAUCUCAAUGCAUCAAUAUUAGUCAAAACUAUUUUGAUGAACCUUUGCAUGAUCCGAAAGAAGAGUGCAGAAUAAAUGUUAUGAAAUAUGAUUCCCUUUCCAGAAUCCCCUUCAAAAAUUAUUUUAAAAUCGAAUACUUUCCUACUCAAAGUAGAAUCAAGUUUCAAACAGAAUUUAAAUACUUUAACCAGCUAUUUAACCAAUAUUCUGAAAAAUAUUUUGGAUACGAAGAUGGAAAAUUAACUCUGGUCGAUUAUGAAUACUUUUUUGAAGUAGAACUAGAUGGCAGAGAUGAAAAUGGAUUGAUAUGGAACAAUCCCUUCCGUAUAAAAAUUCCUAACUCAGACAAAUAUCUCCGAAGUAUCCCUUCUAUUCAAAAAGGAGUAAAUGAGCUUGUGGUCACAAAGUGAGACUUUCAGGAUCAAAACUCCUUUUAUUUCUAUCUUCAGCACAUCCAACCCCCGUCAACCUCUGCCUUUAGAAUUUUCAAUUGAAGGUAUUUUUAGGAAAGAUUCUUUCAAAUCUUUUGAACGAAUAGCAAAAAGAGAAAUGGAAAAUUUUAACCCUGAUGAUUUGAUACAACUUUAUAAAGGCAUUAAAAGCAGUUUGCACUGGUCUUUUGAGAUGUUUACAUCUAAAGAACACACCAAAGAAAAUAUACAAUAUUGAAAAAGCAUGUGCUCAAAUGGUUAUAUUAAUAUUAAGGAAACCUCCUUUUUGUCACAAUUCUGGAAUUUAUGGAAAAAGGAAUUUCGAAUCCUUAAACAAAUCAGACAAGAAUUAAUAAGACGGAAAGAAAAAUUGAGUAGAAUUGAUAUUUGCUCAGAAUUAGAUUAUUAUGCACAUUGCGAAUAUAUGCUAGCUUUCUGAUGCUCUGAGUCAAAGUAUCAGAUUUCCUCUAUUCUUAAACUAGCAAAGCACAUUGUUACUGACCAAGAAGAAUGAGCAGAGUUGAAUAAUGAUUCAAGGCAAGAAUGCUUUUAAUAUUUAGGAAACUUCUAAUGCUUACAACGAUUGUCAACAUGACGUACAGAGAUGGUUUCAUCAGAUCUAAAUCAAAGUCAAUCAAUGUUUAUGAAGUCGAAUCCUUCUUGCCUUUUAUCCAAUACGAGCUGACAAAAACCAAUGAUAAGUUGACCAAAGAAAAUGACAGUGAGAUAAACAAAGAAAACGAGAAGUGUAACUUCUCUCUUUUGCUUGGAAUAGUUUCGAACAAAUUCAGGGAUCAAAACGUAAUAUGGAGUUAUGACGGAUUGAAUUAUGCAGUUAUUGAGUACCUAGGAGAUUACUUGUUAGAUCAUAUAAGAGACAUCAAAGACUUGGACUUUACUGAAAUGAACAAAGCCUCUCUAAGUUAUAAGAAAAAGAAAUGAGAGGAUCAGGAUUUCUGAGAACUAAUGUUUUAUGAAGGAAGAAAGGAAGCGGCAAUCAUGUCUUAUAAUCAAAAUAACAGUUUGCUAAAACUAGUUAAAAUUGUAAUUUACAGUUUCACCUUCAAAGAUGGCAAUAAUGAUGCUGAUUUAAUAACUAAAUGGAAUAAACUUAUCUCUCAAGGAUAUAGCGAUAAUGAACUUUGCUCUCAUAUUAAAGGACUUCUCGUGAUACUAUUUUCAAAUAUAAAUUUUCCUUCUCAAAACUGAGAGUCUUCCCUUAAAAUUGAUGAAGGAGAUUUGAAUAAAAUUAUUGACUGUAAUCUUGAAACCUUAUCUUCUUUCAAUGCCAGCGAUUCUGCAGAAGAUUGAUUCCUCCUUUGAGAGAUUUUAGGCUUGAUAAUAUGAAUGCUCCAAAGUUCAGAGUGUCAACAAUUCAUACUCACUAAAUUAAAACAAAAAGGUUCUUUAAAGUCUAUUAUUAAACUGCUUUCUUCAUUGUCAGAAAUAUUCAUACUUCCGAAACCUCAUGCUUUUGACGAGACUGAGGGGAUGCAAUAUUAUAGUGGAAGGUUGAUCGAAGCCAACCAAAGAGCUACUAAUGAUAUCUUCCAUGAUGUAGAUGUAGUAAUAGAUUCUUAUAAGAGAGAAAUUAUCUACAAAAUUUUUAAAACCCUCAAUAUUAUUUUUGAGAUUAAUAAUAAAGAAGAGAACCAGAAAAUGUCUUGAAAAUCAUUCCCUUUCAUUUCAGAGAUUAUGUCAGAUUCUUCAUCAGAAGAGUACUUAGAAUUAAUCAAAACACUUCAAAAAGUGAUCAUCAAGUGGCUAAAUUUUGAUUUUGAACUUGAAGCUUCUUUAGAAAUUUUUGAUCUUAUCGGAAAACUUGAUCUAAAUUGUCAAAAUUUACCACAACAAUACGAUGAAAACAGACAACAAAAUCAAUAUCUCUCUCGGCUAUCACUCAGCUGCCUUCCAUUUUUUUAACUUAUCUAAAAGAGAACAUGAGAGUCUAGUCAUCCCUUUUCUAAAAGAAAUUCAUAAAAUCCAAAAUAAUUUUACAAAUCCUGAAGAGUUCAGUUUAACAGAGGAAGACUUGCAUAAACAGCACAUCAAGGGGAUUUAUACUAUUAUUACAUUCCUUGUUAAAGUCAAUGGGCUCUUGGAUUUCACUGGAGAUGUUGAUCUAAAUUGUAUCAAAGCUGCUAACAGAUAUGUAUCAAGUUGUUACGAAUGCAUCAUUGAAGCUGUCCAAUAUUCAUCAAUAGCAAAGGCAGUCUGGAAAUUUAAUGGAUUUUUCUUUACCAUCCUCUGGCAGAAUAAGUUCUGAAAUGAUUUACACCUUGAAAUGAUCAAACAGAUCUUGAUAAGAAGCGAAUUUGAACAGUUUAACUUAGACUCUUUAGACUUGUUGAGAAAGAUUGACUUGAAGAGGGAAAUUUUGAUUGAAAAGGAAGGAAAAAUUAUAUUUGAAGAGAUAGACUUACAAAAAGAAAAUGAUGGGAUAAAUGAAGAAAGAAAAAUGUUUGAAAAAAGUGAAAAAUUCCUUGAGUAUUUUAUUCAAAUUAUUACAAAAAAUUCUUUAUGAGGGGCAGCUGAAGAAAUAAAACCUAUUGCUAACAAAAACUCUGAUCCUUAUUGAAAAUAUUUCUCUGUAGGGUCGAUUAUCGACAUAGGAAAUGAGAAAAUAAAUUCAAAAUUAAUGAGAACCAUGAUUGACCAAUUCAUCAAUGACUGUCAAAGUCCUGAUAUAAAAAAAUCAAGAGAAUGAACUCGAAAAUUCCAACUUUUAAUAAAUAAAUUUUUUUCUAGGCUUGAUGACCUUGCCCCAUUAUUUGACACAAAGAGUUUCAUUUAUCAUAUCCUUAAAAUGCUUAAUGAAAUACUUGAUAAUCAACAAAUAAUGAUGAAUUCAGAGAUAAAGUACAUUUUUUGCACUAAACAUGCGACUAACACUCUGUUUUCUCUGAUUAUAAAAGAGUAUAAUUAUACUGAGUGUGCUUCAAGAGUCAGACAAUUUGCAUAUGAAUUAUUGAUCAAGAUCAUGAAAGCCAGCACUUCAGAGGCGAGGAAGAGCUUUAGAAGAUGGACAUACAUUAACGACAACGAAAGAAGGCUUUUCAAUAGAAUCAAUCGAAUUUGAGAACAAUUUAGUGAUUUCUUUCUUAAUGAAAAAUUAGCUUUAAUGACUGGAGCUAAUUUAGAGAAAACAGACUUCGGAGAACUACUUUUCUCAUUAGAAUGGCUGGCAAUCUUGUGUGAUAACAAUUGUCACUGGCAAGAGAAUUUAAAGAAACAAGACUUUUCUUCUCAGAACGAAAGCAUUGUUCAUGCGGUAGUUAAUUUGAUGAGGACAAGUGUCCUCAGACUCAACCAUGAGUAUGUAAUAGACUUGUUAAGAGUGAUUGUUAAGUUCAUAACUGCAUCAGUCAAUGGGAGAAAUGAGUUUCUAACUAAUCAGUAUGCUGAUUCCAAUGUAGUUCGAUAUUCAAUGGAAAUUUUACAAAACGGGUUUUCAGAAGAGGAAGUCAAAUUUUUGACCAAGGUACAAAAGGAUUCUUGCUUUAAGAUUAUGUCAAAUGAGAUUGAAGAAUACCAGAAGCCAAUUGAUUUACAAAGAUUCCAAAAAUACAAUCUGCUGAAACAAGAAGUUCUGUGAAUGCUGAAUUUACUCCUCCUUCCAACUACAAAGCACCAUAUCCAAAACCAAGAUAAUUAUGCUAUUGUCAACAACCUGAUGGUGCUAAAUUACGUACAGUUCCGAAUCUGUUAUGGCCAAAUUUACUCCUCUAAACUCUCCAACUCAGAAUCGGAGUUGGCUAAAAUCUAUAACAUAAACCUUGGAUUUCAAUGCUAUUAUCUCAUUAACAAAAUAUGGAACAAUAAUGGGCAGCCAGACUCCAACUGAGUGCAAAAAUUUGACACCGAGGGUCUUUCUGAAAAGUAUUGGAGACUAUUGACUAGUCUUUAUUUUUGCCUCACAAAUUAUAAAAAUAAAUAUGGCAUUAUUUCUAGCAUUAGGUAUCAGCCUUUUGAGGAAAAUCAAAACUUAGUAGCUGAGUCUACUGAUUUCUUUGACAGCUAUAGUUCGAAUAUAGAAAUAGUAAUGGAGAAUGGCAAAUUGAUAACUCGACACUUUGAAAUUUUACCUUGAUUCUUGUCAUUUACACAGACUGAGAAAGACAACUUUUGGCUGGAAGCUAAUCUCGAUAACAGUAAGACUACUGUUGCAUCUUUCAUGGAAUUUGCAAACGAUAAGAUUGAGGAGCUCUUUAUUCAACAAAAAGUUCAGGGAUACUGGAUUUGCCCAAGAGAUGUUACGAAAAAGAACAAUUGGCUCACAGAUGUGGGUAGAUUUCUUGUAUUAGCUGUUAACUUCAUAUUAUUUUUUGGACUCGAAGUUAAUGAUGGAAAGACUCUUGACAAUCCACAACUAUUUGGUUUGGCCUCUAAACUGACAAGACUUUUACUCUACAUUCUUGGAUCUAUCAAUUUAGCAUUCUUCUUUUAUAUGACUAUAAUUCAGGGGAUCAUUGUACUGAAGCUUCAAGAGAAGAGAGCUAUUAAGGAAUCCGAAGAAAACAAAAAGAAAGGAAAAUGCUUUCAUUAUCUAAAAGUAUUUUGGUACACGAUAAGAAAUAAAGAAGAAACCUUACAAGCAAGGAGUAUCUGGUGUAUUCUGCUUUGUUUAGGGUUCUCUGUUGCUGGGGUUUUUAUUGAUUUCUUCUGGUUCUCAUUCACUAUGUCUUAUCUGAUAAUAUUCUCUCCUCAUAUCCUCGAAGUAACUAAUGCUGUGUGGAACCCAAAAAAACGUAUUUUAUCAACUGUUGCCUUGAGUGCCAUAAUCCUAUACUGGUUUGCUAUUGUAGCCUUUGUUUAUUUCGGAAAUGACUUCAACGGUGUUGUGAAGGAUUCCAACAUUGCACUGGUGAACUGCUUGAUAGUUAUUUUUGAUUCUUGGUACAAGUUUGGGCUAGGGGCUUUUCUGGCUGAUAAUGGGAGAUCUGCUAUAAUGGAAGAAGAUGCUGGUGAGAAUUUGUAUAAGCCUAAAGGACCAAGAAUUUGGUAUGACUUCUUCUUUUACUUCUUUGUCCCAACUCUCCUUUUGAAUAUCUUGAGUGGUAUUAUUAUCGAUAAUUUUGGAGAAAGAAGAUCAAAUAGUGACACCAUUAGACAAAGGCAAAAUGAUCAGUGAUUUGUGUGAGGAAAAUUAUCGAGUGACCUCCCAGAUUUCGUUCAACAUUGAAGAUUCAAGCAUAACAUCUGGGAUUACAUGUACUACAUUGGAUACUUAAAAGCAAUGCUGGAAAGUGAAAGGACUGAUUAUAGAGAUAUCCAUGUGCAUGCUUGUCUUGAGCAGAACAAGAAUGACUGGUUCCCUGCCUACAGAGAUUUUGUCAAGGAAAAAGCAAAGAAGAAAAAGUCGACUGACAUUUUGGGAGAUGCCAUCCAAGACUCUAAAGACAAAGAAGAUCAAUAUCAAAUGGAUUCUGAAGAGUCAGAUAUUGAUGAGGGAGUAAAGGAGAUUAGAGAACUUAGAAAGGAAAUAAUUGUCAAUGAAAAGAGAAUUGAAGAGAAGAUAGAACAACAGAUGAGCGAAAUGAAAUCAAUUCUAAAAGAAAUCUUGCCAAAACAGAACUUUACUAAAUAAAAAUUUAGAUUU